CAUAGUCGUAGUCGUGUCAUAUGUCACCAGUCACAGUCACGUUAUUGAUUUGAAUUUCGACAUAACCUGACCAUUGAUUGCCAUUGAUUUAAAAUUGUAAUAGUUGUUCAAUUAAAACAUAACAGAAAAGUUAAAUGAAUAUUGUUCGCUGGUACUUAAAACCCAGUUUUGUUAAACAGUUAACAAAACCUGUUGGGUUUCUUUCACACGCUGUCACUAUGUCUUCAUCAGCAUUCAGAAGUGCAGCAAAAAGGAUUGUAUGGCUAGACCUUGAGAUGACAGGCUUGGAUGUGGAAAAGGACCAUAUUUUGGAAAUAGCUUGUGUGGUUACUGAUGAUGACCUGAAUGUUGUGGCUCAAGGCCCUAAUAUUGUCAUCAACCAGCCAGAUAGUAUCCUCAAUAAAAUGUCUGACUGGUGUAUAGCUCAGCACGGUGAGAGUGGACUAACAGAAGCUAGCCGCCAGUCAAAAGUAACUCUGAAGGAUGCAGAGCUACAAAUUUUGGAUUUUGUUAAAUCCCAUGUGCCAGAGAAAAAGUGCCCUUUGGGUGGCAAUUCUGUAUACAUGGAUCGUUUAUUUUUAAGAAAAUACAUGCCAGUAUUAGACAACUAUCUUCAUUACAGAAUAAUAGAUGUCAGUUCUAUAAAAGAAUUGGCAAAGAGGUGGUACCAAAAAGAGUAUUCACUCAUGCCAAUGAAAAAAUUCAAACAUCGCUCCAUAGAUGAUAUACUUGAAAGUAUAGAUGAAUUGAAGUAUUUCAAAAAGAAUAUAUUUAAGGCGACAGAUAAAUUGCAAACUGCAGUUUAGAGUCAAAUUUGUACAUUAUUAAUAGACUUAUUCUUUAUACAAAUAUUAGUUAAAUUUUACAAUACUAAUUUAUUUGUCUGUUGUCAGUUGCAGUUGUUUAAUCUGUGUCCUGUUUCUGACUAUCUGCCAUGUAGUAAAAUUGCAAUAAUUGAAGAAUUCUCAAAGGUUUAUAUUAUAGCUACUACGGUUUAAGGCACCAUGGUCUGUGCCCAGAGCAGGAGAAGGAACGGGGGUUUUUAGUCAGUAAGAGUCUGACACUUCGUCUCGCCUCACCCUGGGCGAGAAAAGAUAUUUGAUGCUUUUCCUCACAAAAAAGUGUACGGUUCUGUUAGUUAUGCUUAUUAUAUUUGAUAUCAUAGCAACACUUUACCUCAUAGCAAAAUAAUGUUUUGUUUUGUCUAAUUAAGAUUCAAGUGAGUGAAUCUCGGUAGAUUACUGGGUA